AUGGAUUCAGUGACGCGAAAUACCUUAUCUAUGAAGUACCUGUGGACAGUCCCGCCGAAGACUUCGACUGACUGGGUAAUUUCUGGUGACGGGCAGAUGAUGAAAAAGGAGGAUGCAGUGGCCCGCAUCAAGGAAAUGGAUGACACCUGCGUGCCAUUCUUCACCAAAGAAAAGUUCCGAGAAAUCGGGGAACAGCUAAAGAACGUUCGGAAUGGAAGUAAAACAAUCCAAGUGAAGAGUCUCACAGGCGCGGUUUUCGAAGCGACAGUGGAUCUGAAUAAUCCUUAUCUCUACAGGCUCUACAAAGAUCCAGAUCCUGAGCCAAAGGAAUUUGUCAACUUGGCAGUUACCAUAGAUUACAUUCAUCCAGAAAGACUCUUACAGUACAUAGAAAUCGAAAAGUCUGGAAGUGACAUCUCAGCCAAGGGUCUUCUCAUCCCCCUGCAAGUGGUGCACGAAGGAUACCCGGUCAAAAGAGAGGACAAAACCCGGAAGCGUGAUGAUGUGGCCGAAUCUUUCAACCACGCGAGAAUAGCUUGGGAAGCCAGCGAGACCUGCAAGAUAUUCAAGUCGGUUUUGUCGAACAAUGCCAGCGGUCACAAGAUCAACAAAAUUGUCGGGUUUGCUUGUGGUAGCCUGGCACAGAGCAGACUUAGAGCUGCCUUUCAGCACGCGUUGCUGGUUACCGCAAAGGAGUGGCUGGAAAAUCGAGACAAGCAGCUUCAAGAUGAGGCGCCCACUUUCUAUCUGCAGGAUCCGGACUACACCACCGUCGACGAGGAAAUCCUAGCCAAGGAUUUCGGUUUCAAAGUGGUUCCGGAGCCAGAUGGGUUUGUCGAGGUCGAUGAGCGGUCGAUUGUGCUUUCCAUAGCACCUACUGUAUCCAUCAAGUAUAUCAUCGCGGGUAUUGCUAGUCCUGCUAUUGUGAUCUGGCUUCCCAUGGGAGAAGGAGAGGAAGCCGCUCAAGAUCCCAACACGCAGGGUGUUUUGAAAAUGGCGACGGAAUACAACAAGCAUUCAUUUACCGACAAGGAGGCACUUGGAAAGGAGAAUUUUCAGCAAGCUGUGAUCUAUAUCAGGAAGAAGAAGGAUCUCAAAGUCAGGGAGGAUUAA